AUGACUUCGGAACCUACGGAGGAAGCGAUUGCGAACUUCGUGAGCUUCACAAGCACGUCGCGGGACCAGGCAAUCAGCUUUCUCAAAGCCAAUGAUUUAAAUUCCAACAAAGCCAUCAAUGCUUAUUUCGAAGAUCCCACAGGUCCCCACACAGUGCAGACCCCCAAUUAUCAGAAUGACCCGAGCGUUCCUUCAUUUCAAAUUGAACACUCCGAUCCAGUUCUUGGUUCGGCAUCUGUUGCCCCUUCGCGGCCGCCUUCGAGUACCAACCUGAGCGAGCAGGCACAAAUGUCGACCUUUAAUCUGUCCAACUCCGCAUCUACACAGGAAACGCCUGCAGAUGCGAGCAAAGGUUUGUCGUUAGCCGAACAAGAGGAACGUCAACUUCAACAGGCCGUGGCGAUGUCCUUGAACCAAAACCUUGGAAGCCAGGAAACAGGGGUCACAAGUGCAAAACCGACAAGUUUCGGACGGGCGACUCGGGAUCAUUACGACGAAGGAGCUUGGGCAAUGACCCUGUUCAAUUCCAGCGCUCGCGAAAUCAUCAUCAGUCCGAAUCCUGCAGACAGGAGGAGGGUGGAUGGCGAACCAGCGUUCCUCCGCCCCGGGCAAGAUAGCUUGUAUCUAGGUGGCCUACUGACAAUACUUCAUUCAAUCCCUCUUGCAAGGGAAGCGCUUCUGCUAAGAAACCGUCUGCUUCCCGAUUAUGGCGAUGACCCACAAUGGUGGAAUGGUCAGCCAAUAAAUCUUCCCAAGAUAGUAACACUACAGGAUGUACAUGAUGGUGACACUGAUUGGGACGAUAUCAUCUAUGAGACCCAGAGAUUAAUUGCACUCUUAGAUACAACGAACAGAGCGUUUGGUAGCAUCGAUGCCCUUGCAAGCCUAAAUAGCAUGUCGACGUACGGUCCAGAAGGGACUGUUGGCAAAUUUUUGGAAACAUGGCAAGAAGCUGCUGUUCGAGCAGACCCGGGGAAUCAGUUGGCAACUGUAUUCUCUUCAAGCGCACACAAGCGGCCUCUUUCGACAUAUGAUCCGCCAAUCGAAAGGGAUUUUUUCAUUAUUGAUCCUUUUGUGGAGCCUGAGCAUGGCCAGACCCUGUAUGAUGUACUAGAUCGUACUGUGUGGUCCGAUAGACCAGGUGAAGAGCUGGAUGAUGUAUGGCUGGAACAUAUCGCCGACGUUCUCACCAUAAAAUUGGAGAGCUCUGAUCCAUCCAAGUCCAUUGAUGUGAAGAUACCUCCCGUCUUCUACCCUGAUAGAUAUCUCGCCAGUUGCAGAGAUGCUGCCCGUGAUUUCCGAAUGCAGCGACUACAAAUUUAUGAAGAUAUCUUCAAGUUGGAAAGCCUUAUCAACCAUUAUACAGCCCCAAAGUCAGCUGCUGGCAGGGGUAUGACGUCUCAGGAAAUUCUGGAACAAGCUGCGACUGCGGCGCCUAUCGUCCUGCAACAGAGUCGUACAAAUGGGACGGACGACAUCACUUUAUCCCCUGAAACAGAAGCCGCGACCGCUAAUGCCCAAUGGCUAGCUGAUGAAUUGCGGGAGAUCUCCCGCAAGAUAGGAGACAAGCUAAAAGAUCUGGAACUACGGAAGGAGAAGGCCAUGGGGACCCUUCGCAGCUACUCAAAGGCGCUUACGGAGCCUUCGGCAUCCCCAGGAGAACCACCUUAUCACAAAUACACGCUCCGGGGAGUAUGCACUGAGCCGCAUGUAACUUAUGUUCUUCGGCGCGACGGGUCUCAAACAUUAGGAGAUGAGCCAGAUUCGAAGUCUACGACCGCUCCCGAGUGGCAGUGGUGGCGAAUUAGCUUUUCCACAGAGGAUGCAAAAACCCGGCAAAUGGAGUCGAACCAGGACGGUAGCACGGCGUCAAGGAAUGCAGAUGUGAUCGGGUAUACUGCGCGGAAAGUCCGAGAAAUUGAAGUGCUGAGGGCAGCACGUGAAGAAUCCAAGACCGUUCUCCUUGUAUAUGCGAAUGAGAACUCAAUGAGAAUGCCGGAUGAACCGGCUCCCUCUCACCUUCAAGAGUUUGUAGAUAGGGAUAACAAAGCGUUUGAGGCCGAGUUCCAGGACACCGAACCCAUGAAUACUUCAGAAGAUCGGAAUCUAGAUUUAAAUACACCUCCGAGCAACCCGGAUACUCCAAUGCAGACAGAUGAGUAUCCGCAUGAGCCGGACGGUCCUUCUGCCAAUACAUUUGAUUACCAACCUGGUGUCUUUGAUCGAGAAAUGGGUCCGGAACAGGAAAUGCAGGAAAGGAGUGGACGACCCUUACUGAGUCGGAGUAACACGGGACAAAAUCCAGAAUCCAGAACAACCGACGCGCCAUCGUUUAGCAUGGCACUUGAAAACGAUGCCGUGGCAGGAGCAACUAUUGAACUGCUCGAUUCGCGUCUCCGAAGACUCACCUAUCUCCUGACCGGUGAUGCCAACUGGACUGGAAUCCCCACCGCACCCGCGAAACCAGCUUCCCUAGAGGAUAGCGUUUCGCGUCGACUUCUUAGCCUGGAGAGGGGACUUGAAGAGCUGAGCAGAAAUAAUCCCGCUGUGCGGGAUGUUCUUUUCCUCCGUAUGAUACCCCCGUUCCUUCAAUGGAUACGUAAGGUAGCUAACAUCUACAAAAUACAAGAUGAUCGAUUUCCUGACCUUUUCCGUCCCACCCCUGCCCAAAACAUCCCGGAGAACUUGACUACUCAGAACCUCGCCUCCAUCGUUUUGUCUUAUGCCUCUGCGUUUCCCGAAACCGCCUCGCGGCUCACUUCCUUGAACGACCUCCCCAUCCCUGACGCGCGGACUUCGGCGUCUCUCAUCGAGCUCCAGCCACGAUUAGACAAAUUGGCGCAGACCCAGGAGGACCAGGCUAAACAAAUCUCCGAGCUGCGGAUUCGAACGGCACGGGCAUUGCAGCGGUGGUAUGAAGUUGCUCUUCUGGGCGGUGGCGAAUGCUGGGCUGAAUGGGAGGGGAGACUUGAGGAUGUGGAAAGGGAAGUCAAACGGCAGGAGGUGAUGCGUGAAAGGAGGGCUAAGGAGUUAUGA